CUGCUACGCGUGCAGUUGAGAGCGUGUACGUGGGUUUGGGUAACUGCGAGGCGACGACGAGCAGAGAUGACGUCGUCACCUCCUCCGCCUCCACUGAGGUUCUCGUCCUACUCCCUCCUGGAGGGAGGAGACACGGCCGCCGGGAGCCUGGGCCUGCCCACGGGCGCGCUAUUCGCCCCCUUCGCCGAGCUGCAGCCGUCGCCCGCCCGCAUCCCGAGGCAGCCGGUGCUCUGCACCUUCUGCUCGGCCUACCCUAGCCCCUUCUGCCGGGUGGACCCCGGGACCGGUCGGUGGCGAUGCUGUUUCUGCGAGAAGGAGAACCCCUGCUACGCGGAGGACUUCAUCGGCUCGAGUCCCGCGGAGCACCGUGAUUCUUUCCCCGAGAUGGCGUGCAAGGCCGUGGAGUACGCCGAGCAGGACCUGACCGGCGUGCUGAACGGGCUGUCCGCGCUCUCCCUCGCCACGGGGCCCCACCGCAGGCGGGACCGGCAGGCGGCGGCGCCGGCGCACUUGCUCGUCGUGGACGGCAACAUGAGGGAGGAUGCCCUCGUCGACCUUGCUCGCUCGGUGGACGAGGUGCUCGGCAAGAUGGACCCGGAGGCUCUGAUUUCCCUUGUGGUCUUCACCGGGGUCGUUAGCGUGUACCGCCUCGGGCGACCUGGGGCGGCGGUGGCCGAUGUGCUCCCCGGUGGGGAGACUUUGUCCGACCAGGAUGUGGACCGGCGGCUGUCCGAGGGAGAGAAGGAUCACUUCGUGUCCGUCCGCGGCGGCCGGGAAGCGCUGUGCACGAUUCUGAAGCUCCUGCGAGGAGUGGGCAACGGCACCGGCGCCACCCGACCAGGACAACGAAGCAAUCAGCAAGCAGGGCUAGGCAACGGCCCGAGCAGCGCCGGCGGUCGGGGGGGGCGGGGGGGGGCUCUCGGGCGGCGGAAGGCGUGGGGGGCGCGGCGGCGGGUGCCGGUGCCCACCCACCGGCGGCGACGUUGUCUGGGAGCGGCGGUGGAGUAUGCCCUCAGGUUAAGGUUACAUUCUUAA